UCCUCCCUGUUAGAAAGAGAGGAGAGACAGAGAUAGAGCAGAGAUUCUCGGCACUAGAGCUGUGGGAUAUACUUUGAGGGUGAGAUAAUUGUUGCUGGAGACUAGUUGUUCAUACCAGUUAUUUGAAACUUUUCCCCGUAAAGAUGGCCUUCUCUUUGGUUUCGUCUUCUUCUGAGCCGCCGUGUUGUGCAAGUGAAUGCGUGCACCACACUUGUGCUAGUUUUCUCUUGUCUAGACCUCCUGUAAGUAUUUCUUGUUUCAUUAAGAAAAACAACGUGCAAGCAAUAAGGAGUGCUGCGGGAAGGAGGGCUAUCUCCAGCCAAUUUAUACCUAGCCAGAUAGAAGAGUCAUAUAAAAGAAAGAAACACCUCCAGGAGCCUAUAAAGAAGCUAGAUUUUGUAAAGACAUUGUUGAUUGACAACUAUGACAGUUACACAUACAAUAUAUACCAGGCGUUAUCUGUAGUUAAUGGUGUGCCUCCUGUGGUGGUCCGAAAUGAUGAUUUGACAUGGGAAGAACUUUGCUAUUACUUGUAUGAGGAAAAUGCAUUUGAUAACAUUGUAAUAUCACCUGGGCCUGGUUCUCCGGCAUGCCCAAAAGAUAUAGGUAUUUGUCUUCAGCUGUUGCUCAAAUGCUGGGACAUCCCUAUUCUGGGUGUUUGCCUGGGACACCAGGCUCUAGGUUUUGUGCAUGGAGCUCAAGUUGUCCAUGCACCAGAACCAAUCCAUGGACGUCUGAGUGAACUUGAGCAUAAUGGUUGUGAGCUUUUUCAUGAAAUUCCUUCUGGCAGAAAUUCAGGAUUUAAGGUGGUUAGAUAUCAUUCACUUGUCAUAGAUCCUGAAUCACUUCCACAAGAGCUCAUCCCCAUAGCAUGGACCGACUCUGCUGGCACUCUUCUUAGGUCUAAGGAGUCCAACAAUACCAAUCCUUCUGAAGCCCCAACAAAGGGAAGCAUGUUUGCUGAUUCUGUUUCUGCUGAAGUAGAAAAUAGAAGUUCAAACCUUUCAAGUCAUUAUGGCCCCACAAAAAGAACAAGAGUUCUUAUGGGCAUCAAGCAUUCUACAAGACCGCAUUAUGGUUUGCAGUUUCAUCCAGAGAGUAUAGCUACCAGCCAUGGAACACAAAUAUUCAAAAAUUUUAGAGAGAUUACAUAUGAUUAUUGGCUGAGAUUUGAGUCAUCAUACAACAGAGGAAAAUAUGCUCACUCUGCAGUAAACUUUCUUUAUUCUAGUCAACUGGCUAGAGAAGGUCACGGCAGUGUAAAUUCAGAGAAUAAUGUGUUAAAUCAACAAAACAAAGCGUCUUCUAAAGAUGGACAUUUAAUGCAUUAUACUGCUGAGAUUGAUCCUUCUGAAAUGUCCAACAUGGUCAAUCGUAAUCAUGCAAGUAUUGCUUAUAAAUGCCUGAAGUUGAAAUGGAGGAAAUUUGAUCACUUUGCUGGUCAAGUUGGUGGGGCGAAAAACAUAUUUUGUGGAUUGUUCGGACAUCAUAAAGCUGAGAACAGCUUUUGGUUAGAUAGCUCCUCCACAGAAGAGGGAAGGGCACGGUUUUCAUUUAUGGGUGGUCGAGGUGGAUCGCUUUGGAAACAGUUGUCAUUUAGAUUGUCAGAUCAAAGAAAUGGAAAUUUACAAGGUGGAGGCUUUAUGUCAAUAGAAGAUGGCCAAGGUUCUACCAAGAGCAUGUUUUUGGAAAAUGGAUUUUUUGAUUUUUUGAACAAGGAGCUUCAAUCAUUUCGUUAUAAUGAAGAGGAUUUUGAGGGUCUGCCAUUUGACUUCCAUGGCGGAUAUAUUGGUUACAUAGGGUAUGACCUCAAACUUGAAAGCGUUGACACAUCUAACCGUCACAAGUCUAGAACUCCAGAUGCGUGUUUUUUCUUUGCUGAUAAUCUCAUUGCUAUUGACCACCUGAACGAUGAUGUUUACAUAUUGUGUGUACAUGAUGGAAGCCAAACUAUGACACCAUGGUUGGAUGAUACAGAGGAGAAGUUGAUGAACUUAAAAAAUUCUAUGACGAGAGAGUUGAAAAGGCAGGAAUCGCUUGCUCCUACUUUCCCCCCACUUAAGGCUGGAUUUGUUUCUGAAAAAUCUAGAAAGCAGUACAUUGAUGAUGUUAACAAGUGUUUAAACUACAUUAAAGAUGGAGAAAGCUAUGAGUUGUGCCUUACAACUCAGAUAAGAAAAACGAUUAAGGAAUUAAACUCUCUUGGACUUUAUCUACACUUGAGAGAAAGAAAUCCGGCACCUUAUGCUGCUUGGCUUAAUUUUUCAAACCAAGACCUCUGUAUUUGCUGUUCUUCCCCUGAGAGGUUCUUGAAGUUGGAUAGGAAUGGUAUGCUGGAAGCCAAGCCCAUCAAGGGUACCAUAGCUCGUGGUGCUACAAAAGAGGAUGAUGAGCGACUCAAAUUGAAGCUACAGUUCAGUGAAAAAGAUCAGGCUGAAAAUCUGAUGAUUGUUGACCUUCUAAGGAAUGACCUUGGUCGUGUCUGUGAACCUGGUUCAGUUCAUGUGCCUCGUCUCAUGGAUGUGGAAUCAUAUGCAACUGUUCAUACCAUGGUGAGUACAAUCCGAGGGAAGAAGCUAUCAUAUGUGAGUGCCGUAGACUGUGUCAAAGCUGCGUUUCCCGGUGGCUCGAUGACGGGUGCGCCCAAGUUGAGAUCAAUGGAACUUCUGGAUUCUCUUGAAAGCUGUUCCCGAGGUAUCUACUCUGGUUGCAUUGGAUUUUUUUCCUAUGACCAGACAUUUGAUCUAAAUAUAGUUAUAAGAACAGUCAUUAUCCAUGAGGGUGAGGCUUCAAUAGGAGCUGGAGGGGCCAUUGUUGCUCUGUCAAAUCCUGAAGAUGAGUAUGAGGAGAUGAUCUUGAAAUCACAGGCUCCAGCAAAGGCUGUGGUGCAUUUUGAGUAGUGUGAUCACUAACAACGGCUUUGUUAGCUUUUAGGCAGUGUGUGAGAAAGUUUAGAUAGUGUUCUUGCAAUCAAAUAAUCUAAUAAUCGCUUUUGGGAUAUGAUGUAAUCCAUUUUCUUAUAAUGAAGGUCUUAGUUAGUGUUGUUUUAUGAAUUUCGUGACAAUAUCCUAAAGUUGGUAGUGCUAAUACAUAUGAUAUAAAGAUUAUGCUUACGCUGGGCUCUAAUUUUGUUGGUA